GACAUUGGUUACAAAGCACCUGAAAUCAAUAAAAAUUGGGUGGCGAAACUUUAGUAUUUUUGAAGAAUGGUGCGAGUAAUAUCAGUUCAUCAUUUUGCAAAUCAGGACAUCCAUAAAUGUGAGGAACCAUUGGCAGUAACUACUGCCCCACCUGAUCGUUUGCUGUUGGCUCAGGCCCAGCAUGCUGUUGAAGUUCGUGGCUUAGCUGAGGGUGGAGAUGUUCUGUUCACUUUUCCUACUGUAGAUGAAGUACGUCAGAUGGUAUAUUGCUGUAAUGGUGACUACAUUGCAGCCCUUGAACGCAAGCAAAAUCGCCAAGGUACAAUCUCCAACUAUGUACGAAUUUACUGUAAAUGGGACAUAGUUAAUAACCCUCCAGACAGCACAUUUCUACAGCAGCCAAUGCGUGCCAGAAUUGCUGGUCAGGUAACACCAAGCAGUGCACAGAUCAGUUCAGGAGGAUUGGAAAUGAUUGAACUGCCUUUGAAAAGAGACCCAAAUGGAGUUGCUUGUUGCCAGGUAACUGGAAAUCUGAUUGUAGUCCUUGACAGAACUUUGGUGCUUUAUUAUUUUAAAGUGAGGGCACAUGAUAUAUCAAGACAGAAAUUUAUAGAUUUUGAAGAAUCUCCAGUAAGUUUGGAAAUGUGUUUCACACCAAUGAAAGUUGAAAUGUGUGAGGAUAUUGUAGCUUGCAUGUCCAAACAGUAUCUGCAUGUGUUCAAAGUGGGACAGUUGGAAAAAGAAAAAACCGUGCAGAAUACUUGCAUUAAAAAUGAGAAGGACAAUGGGACCAAGAAAGAAACAGAUUCUGAAAUUAAUUGGGAUUCUCUGCUGGAAGCAGAAUUCAAUAAAAAUUUAGCAAAAGGCAGAAAUGCUUUUGAAGACAACUGGGUUGAGAAGCUCCACAAUAAUUCAUUUCCUCUUACUAUCCACCUGCCAGGAAUAACAACUCAGCAGGGUCAUUGUUCAACAAAUACUUCAACAAAUGAUGGCACACCAUAUAGAAACAUGCCAUUUAAAGUAGCUCCUUUGGAAAUGACAAUUAAUGUGAAGUGUUCAUCACCAUCUGAGGGCCCUUCUGAGGAGACUAGUGUUACAAAUCUGCUACAACUUCAGCUGUAUUCACCAGAAGCUGGAGAUUCAAAUAUGGGUGUACUUGUUGGUCCUGAAGAAUUUCGUUGUUUAGUGGUGAAGCCAAUGUACCUCAGACAAGCUAAACCCCUCCAAAACCAAAAAUCAAACAAGAAAAUAUCAACAAACCACCCAAUGCGGUCACCUUAUUACAAAAAUCUUGGAAGUGUGGUUUGUUUUGUUGCUACACAACAAGAAGGUUUUCUUUAUCAUUUCCCAAUGAUAGCAUCAAGAGAACCCUUGAAGUUACAACAGGCAGCUUGUGUCUCUGUGUAUCCAUUUACAGCACCUGUGUUGCACAUAGCUUUGGAGAGCUAUUUGCUUCAUGCCCUUACAGAAAUGGGACUGGAAACUUACACCUUGAAAUCUUCUCAUCAGUUAAUAAGGGAAAAUGAGUCACUGGAAAGUGCUAUGUCUAGAAAAUCUGAUGACCCCGUGUGUUUGGUUGGCUUGCGACCUUUCCUUGGUGUGGAACAUUUAUUGCUUUCUGAUUCAUAUUUAUCACUGUUGGCUUGUUCAGAAGGAUCCAGCAUUAGUAGCCAAGAUUCUCAUAGCACAAACUGGACUUUAUAUUCACUUAAAGUUCCUAGUCCACUAACACUCUAUAAUGAUAUUAUGACUGUUGCAUCACAACACCGUUGGUCAAGUCCUGCAACAUAUUGUCAUCUGUUGACAGAAGCUCACACAAUUUUGCAGAUAGCUACCCAUACUGUGUCAUGGCUUUCAAAGCAGCACCAUUCAGUUGGCAUAAUUACACCAAAUAUGAAGAAUGACGAAGCAACCCAACUUGAAGAUACACUAAGAGAAUCAUGUGCUCUGCUCGGAGAUUAUUAUAUAAAUUGUGAUUGUGAAGAAGACUGGACACUUGCAGCUCACUAUUACAAAAUGACUGGCUUCAGCCCCAUAAACAUUAUAGAAAGGGUGAAAAACCUUGAAAUUCCAAAGGAGACUGAUAUAGAGUGGAAAAAAGAGAACCAGCUGAAAGCAUUGAUGAAGUAUUUGAAGACCAGUUUAUUAUUCAUGCAUCAUAAUUCAGACAGCUCAUUUAAUCCAUCCAUCCAAGAUUUUACAAAUACUUUACUGGAUCUGUUUGAGAAGUAUAGUCCAUCUGAAGUUUCUACACUUGUCCUUCAUUCUGCUCUGUUGAGAGAGUAUGCUACUGACAGGGUUCUGAAUGUAAUGAAAAAACAGCUAUCUGUCAGACCAGUGCCCAAGUCAAGUGACGCAUUAGCCUUAGUUUUGUUAUGCAUCCAGAAGGGAUCACCAGAACAAGCAAAUGCUGUCUUAAGCUCUUUUGAACCAAACCAACUUUCAGCUAUACUUUUUGAAAAUAGUAUGCUUCUGUUUGAGACAACUACACCAGUGAAGUCUAUGAGCAAGCACGAUUCUAUGUACAGUAGCAGAAGGAAUGACCAGUUAACAACAUUUUCAGAGUUGUCUGUUGUUCUGAUGGAUUCAAAACCUAGAGUACUUUCAGGAGUGUUGUCAGAGUUGGUUGCAUCACAGAAAAUGUCGCUGCAGGAGGUUUUGCAAGUUUUUUUGGAGUAUCUCCCAUCUAGAAUUGGUAUUUCUGGAUCAUCAGCAAGUCUUGUUUUACAAGUUUUCCUGGAAAACCACUUUGGGCAUUAUUUUGAAUUGUAUCCAGAUUGUGACUUCAAAUCUGUGUAUGACCUUCCUGUUAUUGAAGCACUGAAAAUACUGGUGAGGUCUUACCUGAGUGACCUCCAGUGCUAUAAUCUUGCUAGUAAAAAGAAUACCAGUGACAAAAGUUGCACACCUGAAACUCCAGAAGUUAAAGAUAGUGCAGAUAAAUCACCAGUUCUCUUUGAAAGUUGUCACUUUGAGUUCCUUCAAAAAAUGCCUCCAUUUGCUUCUAACUUGUCUGAAAAGCUUCUAGCGCAUCAGAGAGGUGAAAACACGGAUCCAAAAAUUCAACCAUCAGAUGAAGAUAAAGGCCACAAAAAUGAAAGUCUUGUUAAACUUCAGUGCCUUCUUUGCUCUGGGAAACUUCCAAAGGAGUGUGUUGUAGAAGUUUACCAAUUUGUUCAAACACACCCACAACUUCAUGGAAACCUCAGCCUCCAGGUGCUGUGUGUCUCAACAAAGGAAGCAACGAAUGUUUUGCUGAAUUUCUGUCCUCAAACACUGCUGCAGUUUGCCAAAGACAGAUAUACUGUUGACAGUGAAUACAAACAUUUGUUGUCAUUGUUACACAAGAAAAUCAGUGCAUUGUCUGAUGAGUUACUGAAGCCAUACUACAUGCGAGUAAUGAAUGAAAUUUUAACGUACUUGGCCCAGACAUAUCCAUUGGAAUCUCUAUGCCAAAUGUUACCUGCUGGAACAGAGUAUCAGUAUGCUAGUUUUAUCCACAUGGGCCAACAAGUAACACAUGCCAAUCACAUCAGAUCACUUAUAAUGAUUACUGGCCGACAGCUGUUAGGAACUCUGAAGUUAUGAACUUUUAUGUACCUUCCAGCAUUUUCUUUCCCACUAUUGUAUUUAUUAUUUAAGUUUGCAAUAUGAUAUUUACAUUUCAGGUAUUUAACUGAAAAUACCGUCUAGUGGCAGGGCUAGUGCAUUAUAAGGCUGUGAAAUUAUGCCUGUAUUAGUUGUAAAACAGUGUAUGAAUAAGUUUAUAAACAGUUUACAAUCAUUAUAGCAAUUGUGGCAUCAUAUUGGACUGCCACAUCUAUACAACAUAAUAUAUAAGCCAAGGACCUUCCACCAUUGUGUUCCUUUUUUAUUCUAUUGACUGCAAGAUUUUGCACCACUAUUAGUAUUUUAAAAGCAACAUAUCACUUUUUGGUAUUUCUUAAAAAUUUUACAGUACUCAAAAGUUAUUACAUGUAUGGUAAAUGAACUGUAACUGGUAGAAUUAUAUUUUAUAAAGAAGCCCACUGUGAGCUCAGACAUAGCAGGAGCUAUUCUUGAUCACUUGAUAACAUAAAGCCAUUUUCAAAUCCAAAGAGCUUUUUAAGCAGUAUGUAGAGUGCAGCAAUCACAGAAAAUGCCUUUGUGGACAUGAGCUACAGUUUGCUAUUAUUAUUAUUAUUAUUGUUAAGUUUCUUGCCUUAGAAAAAAAUGGAGGAUGCCUGUGAAAUAAUUUACAGAUGUCUAAAACAAAGUAGUGAGUGAUACUUUUUCUGUUGUUAAAUUAGGUGAUGAGAAAUGUGGUAGUUAGUGUUAUAAAUAUGUACGAUGAUUACUGAGCAUCAUGUGCUCUGAUGGGUGGUGAAAGUGAAUAUAAAACACACUGAAUUCAUCGUCAUAUUAUACCAUCCACAUCUGAACUAGACAGCAAAAGACUUCCGUAGAAAAUAGUUGCACAAUGCACAAUUGUUGUCAGUGAAUAACUUCUGAGCUAUAAAAAAACAGUAAUAAAUUGGACAAUACUGGAAAGUAGCUUGUCUGUCUGUCUGUCUGUCUCUCUCUCUCUCUCUCUCUCUCGAUAUUGAUUAUGUUAACACUUAUCUAAUAAAUUCCAGCAAUGAAACAUGAACACCAUUAUGUUUCCCUCAUUCCCAGUAAAUCAUGCACUUGGGUUGUUUGGGCAUUGAAGUAUAUCUUGAGUGUUGAUUUUAGACCAAUGUGAGAGGUACAUAACUGUGUACCAUUUAAAGUAGCUUGGAAUCAGCACCCAAAAUAUGUUUCAGUGUAGUCAGACUGACAAGAUAGAUUUAAUGAUUUACUGGAAAUUAGUGAAACAUAAGGCUGCUGAAGUUUCGUCUACUCUAUCUAACUUACUGCUAUCUGUUAAAAUGUUCUGGACAUUUAAAGACUACAGUGGGUAUAAUUUUUAAUAUGAUGCUACUUAAAUAUGCAGUACAUUUGUUUGCAUCUGAGGUUUCCCUUUUGAAUAACUUGUCACUUUAGUUGGCACCUAAAGUUGUGUGCCCUCAUAGUCACUUGUAUUAUUGGACUUUAAGAUGUUCCUAAAUCAUAGCUACUCAUUGAAAAAAUAAAGUCAUCAUAAUUAAAAAAAAAAAAUUGGCCCUUUCUUCCUUUGUCACACGAUUUCAAUUCUUAUCUAUUUUUUUCAGUUACCAGAAACUGUAAUCUGUGUUCUGUGUUGGGAGGGACUGUUGAAACUAAACUUUCCAUAAACUAAACUUUCAUGGAAAAUUAAAAUUGUAAUCUGAAUUAGUAAAUUAAACCAGGUUGCUAACAUCCGCUUGCAAUAAGCCCAACUGAAUCAAUAAACUAAUGACAUUACCACUUACCAAAAAACCAUCAGUGCCAGAAGUCUUGCACACAAGUGAACUUAAAGGCUAAUUUUUAUAUCUGCUUCCAGUACAUGUGUCUUUGCACUGCAAUGCUUCAUGAAGAGUGCCAUAGCUGAUGUUCUGUUUUAUAAUAGUUGAUGGCUGGUUUCCCAGUGAUGAUGUCUUCUUUUAUUAUUUUUUGCAUUUUCUUUCAUUGGAUGAUGUUGCUUCUAAAAGUGUUUUAAGCAGUUAUUAUUAACUGAAUUGGAAGAGUGGGAUAGUGGUGCUCAUUGUGGUUAAUUAUGUUUGGAAAACCCAAAGAAUAUUUAAGAUGAACUUUAAAGAAAUGGGGAAGCUGUUAAAAACAUAUUAUAGCUGAAAUGUACAGAAAAAGUUGUGUAUGAUGAUUCUUCUCCUUCCUGUUUUUGUUUGAGUAUGUGACAGCCUCUGCAGAGUACCUGUUUUGAAUGCUGCACUGUUUGCACAAAUUAACUGAAAGAUGGUCUUAAGAAUCUAUUGUGAAGAUUGGUACUGUUUCUCAGAAUUAGAAUUUAAAAUGAUGAGAAAAAAUGGAAUGAACUUGCCCAUUACUUCUAGAGCAAUAUUCCAUUGAAAUAUGCAUCUCAAAAACAAAAAUAAUUUUUAAUGUUGAAGGUUUUGAUGUUGGUGUAUUGUAGAUUCAUAAAAAUUAUGAGAAAAUUCAUACUUUUGCAGUUUGUGAGCUUCUCUCCACUGCUAAAUUUAAAGGAAAAAAAGCAUCUUUUGGAGAUGAGAUACACGUUGGUACAUUAACUGGAAUUAACUGAACAUACAGUGAUAACAACAGAAAUCCUUAGCACAGAAAGCUUUUGUUUACAUUUUGUGCGGCCUCAUACUUUUUGUAGUUACGGGUAUAUCAGUAACAGUUCUAUAUAAAUGAAUUACGACUGGUAAGCAGUGAUCUUAAAUGCAGGUUGUAAUUACAGAGCAAAGUCUUCCCGCUGGCUAAGAAGGAAAUUAAGUUUUUGACAUCAUAACAGUGAAUUGCACCUCUUUAUAACCUGAGAGUAUUUUUGCUGUGAUGUGACUGCAUAGUAAACUUUCCUAAGUUUUAUGGAAAUGAUGUAUGAUGAAUGUCUGCUGUUUUCCAUGAUAUGCCAGUAGUUAGUUAAUGUAUUCAGUAACAGUUCUCUUUAACUGUUAAAAGCCUUUCAGUCUAGUGCCUUUACAAGAGUUUUAACUAUACUGUACAAAAUAUUUCUGUUCAUUGCACUUCAGAUUCUGGCUUUUAUUUAUGAUGUAAAGUCUGUAGUAAUAUACAUGUGUUUCAUUUGAGGUUGUUAAUUUAGUUAUUUACAAGGGCUAAAGUUUGAAAUAAGGAAACUAUGUCAAUAAUUUGGGUUCAGACCAUAAAUGAGAAAAGUUAUAAUUUUGUUAUAGUUUGUUUUUGUGCACCAACUCUGCAGUAUGUAGAACUGUGUUAGUUUACUGUAAAUUAUAUCACUGUACAUCUUGUACUGUGCAUAUCUCAUGUUAUAGUAUUUGUUUCAUUUGUGUACUAG